AUGCUGAUAAAGAGAGCCUAUGGACGUUUCUUAUACCUUGAGGGACACGAGUAUCGAAUGUACAAUACAUAUGACGUACAUUUCUAUGCAAGUCAUGCAUUGAUUAAUUUGUGGCCGAAUUUGCAGGUUAGUCUGCAGUAUGAUUUUAAAGAUAGCAUAACUCAAAAAAAUUCAGAAAUCAGGAAGCAUCUUUACGAUGGCAAAACUUGCGAAAGGAAGAUCGAAAAUACUGUUCCUCAUGAUCUUGGAGAUCCAGCUGAAAACCCAUGGCUACAGAUGAACGCUUAUCCCAUACAUGAUGUGUCUGAAUGGCGCGACUUGAACACAAAAUUUAUUCUCCAAGUGUAUCGUGAUUUUAGUAUAAUUCGAGAUUUCGAACAAAUAAAUUCUGAUAAUACAAGCAAAUUCAGCAGCAUCGAAUUCAUUGAUAAGGAGAGUUUAUCAGACAUGAUCAUGGGCAGCGGGAAUCAAAGAAUUGUUGACAAAAGUAAAAAAUCUGCUUCAAUGUACAUCAAUGAAACUAAUGGAAAAGUUUAUCUAAUGAGUUCAAUAAAAUAUCUUAAAGACAUGUAUCCAAUUUGUAAAGUUGUGAUGGAAAAAACUUUAAAAUUUGACUUGGAUGGUGAUGGUUUAAUUGAAAAUAGUAGUUCACCUGAUCAAACUUACGACACUUGGGUUAUGAGUGGACCAAGCAUUUAUUGUGGUGGACUUUUUCUUGCAAGUCUUCAUGUUAUGUCUGUAAUGGCGAACAUAUUGGAUCAUCCAGACGACUGUAUAAAGUACAGUGAUAUUUUAGACAAAGGAAGGAAAGCCCUUGAAGAUAAAUUAUGGAAUGGAAAAUAUUACUCUUUUGACACAAGUGGAACAAAUAUUAUAAUGUCUGAUCAGUUGUGCAGCCAUUGGUAUCUUCGUUCGUGUGGAUUUGAUUACGAAAUAUUCCCAAAAGCGAAGGUACAACGAGCAUUACGAAGCAUUUUUGAAAACAAUACUGCUGGUGGACUUUACAAUUCGAUGACUGAAAAUAUUGGUCUUGCUUUUGAAACACCUGAAGCAGUUUACGAAAAAUCAUGUUACAGAAGCAUUGGUUAUAUGAGACCAUUGUCAAUUUGGUCAAUGCAAAGUGCUUAUGAAAGAAGUAAGAAGCUUAAUAAUUAA